AAAAUUACGUAAAUUACGUAGUAAAAAGCUUAGAAGCAAAAUGGCUAUGGCCGAGGCUGUUGACGUUCCUAAGAUCGUUGUAGUGCCUCACGAAAGAAGCAUACUCUUCAACAAGAGAGAAUGUGCCAUGUCAGAGCCUCAGAAAGUCGGUAGAUCAGUAGACAAGAAAAGAAUACUUCAAAACAACCUGAUAUUUGACUGUAGAGUCCUGUCCAGAAAUCAUGCUUUGAUAUGGUUUGAAAAUGGCAAGUUCUUUAUCAAGGACACAAAAAGUAGUAAUGGCACGUUUGUAAAUGAGACCCGACUGAGUCCCUCUGGAGAGGAGAGUGCUCCAAGAGAGCUACGAUCGAAAGACAUCGUUCAGUUUGGUGUCAACGUAAAUGUCGACAAAAAAGCGCAUGGGUGUAUCAUUGCUCGGGUACAGCUGUUCAUCAAUGAUGUGGAACUGCCUGGAGUGGAGCCUCCCGUCCAGCAAGUGCUGCAGAUCAUGCAGAAUGCGUUGGCACGGGAACUGGAGCUGGAGACGAAGCUAGUCUCAAUGCAAACUGCCAUUGAGGGGUCUAGACAACUAGCCAACGAGAGUAUGAUUGCCAUUGUGAAUGAAGAUGAACUCUUGUCAAGAUUGGAAAUGCUUGAGAACCAACUGCAAGUCUAUGCCAAGAAUUCACCAGAGGAUGAGCUAAAGAAGCAGCUGGCCCAGGCUUAUGAGGAGAGACACCAGAGUGAUCUCACUUCAAAGAACUCAGUGAGAAAUAUCUUACAUGAGAAGCUGGAGUACGUCUCUAAAGUUAAUCAGUUACAGAGAGAUUAUGACAAGGCUGAGCAAGAGUGUCAGAAAUACAAGACUCUCUACGACAACAGCAAACAAGAGCACACACAAGAUGUGGCCAAACUGUCAGAGCAACUCAAGCAAGCAGAACUAGAGAAGAAAACCCUUCAAGAUGAGCUCAACGAAAAGAAAGAAGCACUUGCAGCAGACCUGGACCAUCUCAAGGGCGAUGUCAAGUACAAGGAGGAGCAGCUGUUAAAAACAAAACAGCGUUUGGAAGAAACAGAAGAAGAGCUGGUCAAUCUCAAGAUCACAAUGGAAACAGACAAGCAACGACAGACAGGUGUCCCCACCUCCCAGUCCGUGGACAAUGGUGCUGAACAGAUCUUUGUGGCACAGGGGGCCACCCCUUUGGUACAAGUCAGCAGUGGUGAUCUCACAGAUCGUCAGGGGAAUGCCCCUCUACCUCACCCUGCGUUCACAAGACGAGGCACUCUCCUCGCUUCCGAAAACCAGAUAGAGGACAAGCAGAGAGAAUGGGAGGUGAGGGUCCAAGAUCUGGAGGAGGAGCUGGGGGAGUCAGAGAAGACAGUGAGGAACCUACAGACACAGUUGGCGGGCUAUGUCAAGAAUGAGGCUGCCUUGAAACAGCUAACAAUCGAGGAACUGGGCCGACGGAUGGCCAGCAAUGCUAUCACUAAAAGUAAAAUAGAUUUGUUGCAGUUAUCUCUGGAAGCAGCCGAGGAGAAGGUGCAACACCUACAAGACCAACUGACUUCUGAGGCAUCACUGAGGUCUGCACUACAAGACAAACAAGCUGAACUAGACGAUAGACAGAGGUAUUUAGAAGCCAAAGAAAGAGAAAUUAACUCAGUAACAGCUGAAGUAGAGAGAGCUAGAAGGGACAGGACGGAGAUUUCAUCUAGCAGCUCUGAUGAGUCAGCACUCAGGGGAGAGAUGGACAAGUUUAAGGGCAAAUAUGUCAAACAAUUGUCUGAAACAGUGCGAGUGAAAGCCGAAAACACCAACUUGAUAAAGGAGAUGGAAGAGCUGAGGAGAACAAUGGAUGAGCAGGAGAAACAACAGCUAGAGACAGCUGGACCUCGUGAGAAGGUUGGUUUGACUGAGUGCCCUCCCCCCAGAACAUUACAUCUUAUUGAAGAUGAAGACCAGCGUGUGAAGCUUCUGACAAUAAUUGCACUGGUAUCAAUAGGAGUAGCUCUGGCAUCUUGGCUCACAUGAUCAAGGACACUAUUAUUUAGCUGAUAAACACCAACAAAUUAUCAUUUUUCAUUAGUAUGUUUGUGUUAAGUAUACGUGUUUAUUUCAGUUUUGUGAGUGGUUCGGUUGGAAAUUCCUUUAUUGUGCAUGUGUGAA